CUCGUGUGAUGCUGUUAAUCAUUUGUAUCUGAACGCAGUGUCUGUAUCUUUUUGGAUAAUGGAAAGAGGUCUCUCCUUCUUGGGUAGACCGCAUCUGAAUUCGUUGAAUUAUUCAUUUUCCGCGUCAAUUCAAUCGCCGAAACGCUUUUCAGAAUAUCACAGCACGUAGUUUUCCCCCCCCCUACAGAGCAGUCUAACUCAGACAGCGUACUGACAAUCCUACGAAUUGCAGAGCUAGAGAGAAGCAGCUUGACAUUCAGUAUCAACCCUCCGAGGUAGGCUAACAACGGUAGGAUUGCUUCGGUUAAUUUCAUCAGGUUAUGUUGAAUUUUUUUUCCUCAAUCUUUGUUAAGCCCGGCUACACCGUUAGACUGUAGGUUAUAUGGACUGUAUGUGAGCGAAGCGGUAUUUCCCUUCUUUCAGAGAUGCUGCUGGAGUUGCGUUGGCACCAGUGCUUCUGUCCUUAGUCCCCGUUGUGUUAGAGAAGCAGUGUUUUAGUAUAUGCUACAACGAACUGAAUGUCUAAAUGGGACUAAACCGACCGGAUAAAUUUAUAAAAAUAAGUCGUUUUCAAGACGAAUAAAGCCUGCUUUGGGAUUUUAAAAAAAAUAAAAAAAUAACUGAAUGUACAGCAAUGCGAAUGUCUGUGGGAAUACUGCUGCUCCGUGCGCGGUCAGUGACUGGAAUAAUUUUAAGAGAAAGCGAAUCGUUUACGGCUUUGGGUUAUUAAAUGGUGCACUGGAUUUUUAAAAAUCAAAAUGCUGCUGUUCUUUCUGGUAGCUUUCACCAUACCGAGUUCGUCUCCUAACUCGGAUCCUGACCUCUCCGCGGAGACCUGCAGCGCUUGCUCUUGCAUGUCCAUCGAAAACGUCCUCUAUGUGAACUGUGAGAACAUUGCUGUGUACAGACCGACCCAGCUGAAACCCCCGCCCUCCAGCCUCUAUCAUCUAAAUUUUCAAAACAACCUACUGAUAAUUCUUUAUCCUAACUCCUUCCUCAAUUUCUCUCAUGCAGUCUCGCUCCAUUUGGGAAACAACAAAUUGCAGAGCAUUGAAGGAGGGGCUUUCCAUGGACUCAGUGCACUGAAACAGUUGCACUUAAAUAACAAUGAAUUAACUGUGCUCCGGGCUGACACUUUCCUAGGCAUUGAGAACUUGGAAUACAUCCAGGCUGACUACAAUUUAAUCAGAUCUAUUGAACGGGGAGCCUUCAAUAAACUGCAUAAGUUGAAAGUGCUCAUCCUUAAUGAUAAUCUUAUUCCGGGUCUCCCUGAUAACAUUUUCCGCUUUGCUUCUCUCACACAUUUGGAUAUUCGAGGGAACAGGAUACAAAAGCUGUCUUACAUUGGAGUUUUGGAACACAUUGGCAGAAUUGUGGAAUUGCAGCUGGAUGACAAUCCCUGGAAUUGUACCUGUGAUUUGUUACCACUGAAGGCCUGGUUGGAGAAUAUGCCAUAUAAUAUCUAUAUAGGUGAGGCUAUAUGUGAAACCCCAAGCGAUCUGUAUGGGAGGCUUUUGAAAGAAACCAACAAGCAGGAACUGUGCCCCAUGGGAACCGGUAGUGACUUUGACGUCCAGAUGCCGCCUUUGCAGCCAGAAAAUGGACAAACUGCACCUGAUAUUGAACCGACUGUGAUACAAGGCCUGGUUACCAAAGCACCCAGGGCAACAAAUCCCUCAAAAACCAUAGGGAUCGCUGCGGGAAAUCUUAACCAAAACUUGACUUAUCAGACGAAGAUCCCCCCAGUUUUCUUCUGUCCACUGCCCUGUACAUGUAAAGCGCAUCCUUCUGACUUUGGCAUCAGUGUUAGUUGCCAAGGAAGGAAUAUAGAAAAUCUAGCAGAUCUAGUACCCAAGCCACCUAAUGCCAAGAAGCUACACCUCAGCAGCAAUUACAUAAGAGAUAUCGGCUUAGAUGAUUUCCGAGGAUUUGAAGGUUUGGAUUUGUUACAUUUGGGCAGCAAUCAGAUAGUGACGGUUCAGAAGGGUGUGUUUGCCAAUUUGACCAACCUCCGCAGGCUUUAUCUAAAUGGUAAUCAGCUGGAGCGUCUUUACCCUGAAAUGUUUCUCGGGCUCACUAACCUCCAGUACUUGUACUUGGAAUACAAUGCCAUAAAGGAGAUAUUAGCUGGGACAUUCGACCCCAUGCCCAAUCUGCAGCUUUUGUAUCUGAACAAUAAUGUACUGAAGAGCCUCCCAGCUUAUAUAUUUGCGGGCGUCGCUCUUGCCAGGCUGAAUCUGAAGAACAAUCAUUUCCCCUAUCUGCCUGUGAGUGGCGUUCUUGACCAGCUCAGAACUCUCUCUCAGAUCGACCUGGAAGGCAAUCCGUGGGAUUGCACUUGUGACUUGGUUGCUUUAAAACUGUGGCUGGAGAAGCUUAGUGAUGGGGUAGCCACUAAGGAGGUCAAAUGUGCAUCGCCUGUCCAGUUUUCUAAUAUUGAGCUGAGAUUACUGAAAAAUGAAAUUUUAUGUCCCAAGCUCAUAGCAAAGCCCCCGCUGAUCCUACCCGAUCCCACUCCUGUUGCGACCUCCAUGUCCCCAGAAGAUGUGGGUAAAAUGCCGCCUGGGGGGCCAGUUCCCCUGUCCAUCAUGAUCCUCAGCAUUCUGGUCGUCCUGAUCCUCACUGUUUUUGUUGCGUUCUGCCUUCUCGUCUUUGUGCUGAGGCGAGCCAAGAAGCCCGCAGGCAGGCACGAGGGACUGGGGAACCAGGAGUGUGGCUCCAUACAGCUUCAGCUCAGAAAACGUGAUCGCAAGUCCAAUAAGGCAGAUGACCUGGGCGGGGAGACCUUCAUUCCCCAAACCAUCGAACACAUGAGCACAAGUCACACGUGUGGGCUGAGGGACUCUGAGUCUUGUUUGACGUUUGCUGACUCUCAAAGGCUUUUUCUUAGAAGUGGUGCUGACAAGGACAUGGACCCACUGGAUCACAGAAACAGAGGACUGGGCUGUAUAGAUGAGCUGGAUGAGUUUUUGCCAGGAAGGGAAUCAAACAUGUUUCUUCAUAAUUUUUUGGAAAAUAAGAAGGAUUUCAACAGUAUAGGAAUAAGUGGUUUUGAGAUCCGUUACCCUGAAAAACCACAGGACAAAAAAAUGAAAAAAUCUCUCAUAGGGGGCAACCAUAGUAAGAUUGUUGUUGAGCAACGGAAAAGUGAGUACUAUGAACUUAAGGCAAAGCUGCAAGGUACGCCAGACUACCUUCAAGUGCUAGAAGAGCAGACGGCCCUAAGUCGAAUGUAGGCCACCCAUGCCCCCUCCACAAUGAGAAAAGUGCCUUUUUGACUUAAGAAUUACAUAAAUUCUCAACUACCAUUGAAACAUGUUUCCAAGAGGCUGCAUGGCAAAAUCAGAUCACUUAUGCUACGUAGACAUACUGCAGCUGUGACUUUGUUGCAGAUACAGCCUUUUAAAAAAAAAAAAAAAAGAAAUUAAGUGAUGGUAUGUACAAAUUGAUAUGAAUAUAUGGUUCACAUUGUUAGAUAU